UUUCCUAUGUUAAAUAAGACUGUGUAGUGACAGAAGACAGCAAUAACCGUAAACACACCACAACAAAAUUAAAAUUUGCAUUUCUUUUGAUUUUGGUUACCCGUCAAGAAUGGGGUUCUCAAAAGAAAUUUCGUGCCUUAUAUUUGCCUUAACUUUAGCAGUUAUCAUACAAAACGGUUGGGCUAUUAAAUGCUGGGACUGUCGAUCGGACGCCGACCCGAAAUGUUCGGACCCUUUUGAUAACACAACAUUUGCAAUUACGGAUUGCAAACAACAACGACUGGAUUUCAUGCCUGAUGUGAAAGCCACAAUGUGUAGAAAAAUUCGACAGAAAUUUCAUGGUGUGUGGAAAUACAUACGCAGUUGUGCAUAUCUUGGUGAACCAGGCAUACAAGGAGAUGAAAGAUUUUGUUUGCUAAGAACUGGUACCUACAAUAUUUUUAUGGAAUAUUGUACCUGCAACACAAAGGAUGGUUGCAAUAGUGGCAAUAAUGUAAAAGUUUCGCCAUUUGUUGCUGUUGCAACAGUUAUGACAAUUCUUAUGUUGAAAAUUAUGUGAUAGGACUUCCAUUUCAUUUGUGUUCAUUGUCAAUUUUAAGAUCUGAGUUUUGUACAUAUAUUGUUAGAAUUUCUUUUUGCAGUACAAUUAUGUUGAGUUUUAUACUGAUGGAAAGUGUUUGUAGAUGGUUAUGAAUUUUUUUAAUGACAAAUUUUAAACGGACUUUUUAUCUUAGGACAAAAAAUAACAUUUAUAGACACUGGUCCAUAGUAACUAGUUAUUAAGUACCCCUGGAAUUGCUAUGAAUGACUACUUUUUUUACAAUUAAGGUAAAUACUGACUUAAUGAUAUUACUUAUAGUCCGUCCCAUAUAUAUAAUUUAAGAUUUUGGAAAUAUUUUUAUAUUGUUUUAAUAAAUUUUACUGGUACAUAUAUGUGUAUAUAGACUAGUAAAACUUCGUUCA